GGCAGUCGCUGUGCAACGGCCGGGCGGUGAGGCACGGCGCACACCAUAGCUCAGGGAGACCGCUACUGCCACCUCGCCACACGGCUUACCUCGCCAGCGACGGUGCGUGUGCGCGCUCGCCAGCAGACAGCCAGCCGCCCAACAGCAACUCUUACGAAGCGUCACAGCGCAGCGGAGCCUUACACAGUUGAGCCGAAAGACAUGUCUAUAUGAUGGACGAACUUCGAAGAAAACCAAGAGGCGACUGCUCGUGUACAACCCGGAGGGAAAAUGACCUAUCGAGAAAGAGCUUGGUAGCUGUGGGAGGUACGCUUCUGCUUCUUGCGGUGUACAACUGGCCUGUUGCAACAGCCAGUGUCAUACCAGACAGAUGUCACCAGCCACCAGAACGAGGAGACUGUACCGAUUAUGUUCACAAAUGGUUCUACAGUAACAAAACUGGUAAAUGCGAAACAUUCAUUUAUGGUGGAUGCAGAGGAAAUGACAACAAAUUUGACUCAGAAAAUGAGUGCAGCCUUGCCUGUGUUGAGGGAUUUGAGCCCCCAGAGUACAUGCUACCAGAACAAAAGACAAAAGAUGAAAAGCCUCUUGUCACUCACAGCACCACUACUUCAACAACAGUGUCACCUUACAUGAUCCCAAAAACAACAUUACCUCCAGUACCAAUCAAUCAGAGAGGACCGGAACUUACUUUUGAAGAAACAGGUCACCACAAAGUCUUCAUGUUUGCCAAAAGGAACACAUACAUACAACUUGAUGGAAAUCACAUACCAAAUUUUCAGCUAAGGCUUUGCCGUCAGAUCUCCUUUCAGUUUCGUACAAGAUUACCUCAUGGGCUGCUGGUAUAUCAUAGUGUCAAGAAUCGCCCAGAAGGACUAGAUCCCUAUGCGCUGUAUGUUAUAGUUGAAAAGGGACAGCUGAAAGUUGUGCAUGUUUUUGGAAAGGAGUCUACCUCUCUUACUGUGGGGGAAGCUCUGAAUGACGACCAGUGGCACAGUGUUCAAGUAUUGAUAGAUGUGCACAGAACUCGACUUAUUGCCAAAGUUGACAAGGAAUUAGUGGAAACUCAUAUUAAAGGCUUAGAUCCAGCAACAAAUUAUGGUGUAUCCAAUGAUUUGACUUCUGUUGUUCUGAUAGGAGGUCUUAGCUCAGAGGAAAAACUACAUGGUGUGAAAUAUAUUAUUGAGUCAUUUGUUGGGUGUAUCCAAGAUAUGAUACUGAGUGCUGGCAAAGCUGCAUCUGAUCUCUUGCCAAUUAAACCACUCAUAGCAACAAAACAUGAAAAUGUUGUUGAAAGCUGCAUUAACAAGUGCAAGACUCGCGAAAACCUCUGUUUUUUUGGCAGCCAGUGUGUAAAUCAUUAUAAUACCCUUACUUGUGAUUGCUUUGGAACUAAAUAUGAAGGAGAACAGUGUGAUAUAUACACUGCUACCACAUUGACUUUUCGAGGUUCAUCUUACGUUUCAUAUAGGGUGUAUGACUGGAAAGACAGGGUACACACAAGUUCAAAUCGAAUUAGCCUGCAGUUCAAGACCUACUUCGAUGAUUCAGCUCUCUUCUAUGCUAGUGGUGAACCAGGCAUUCAUUACAUUGCUGUCUCCAUUAAGAACAGAGUUGUCCAUAUAGAGAUAAAUUUAGGAAAUGAACCAAUAAUUACAACAAUGGGUGAUGAUGUCACUGCAAACUAUUGGAAUAACCUCACUAUAAUUCAUAACGAAAACCUUGUGAGAAUUUAUUGUAACACUGAAGCAAAAGAAUUUGAAUUGUCUGGAACAAAGAAUUACUUAUAUAUAGAUCCAGAGAUUUAUAUUGGAGGGGGACCAGAACUUCAUAAGAAAACAGGUCUGGCAUCUCACAAUAACUUUGUGGGGAGUUUGAAAUAUGUUUUCUUUAAUGAAAUUUCAAUUCUGUAUGAGCUGAGGAAAGGAAAUCCAAAAGUUCAUUACAUUGGUGUUCUGGAGCCAGAAUUUGAAGAAACAAAGGUUGAAGUUAUACCAUUGACUCUUCCAUUCCCAUCAGCUCAUAUUAAGUGGUAUUUAAAUGAUACUGACACUUUGUCACUGAAAUUUGACUUCAAAAGCAGCCAGCCAACUGGAGUUCUUGCUGUGUCCAAUAUUACAACACCAACUGGUCAUGGAUACUGGGAGCUUAAACUGGUAAAUGAUGAUGUUCGAUUUGUACUAAGGGACCUGUCCAGAAAUUUUACGCACCAAUCAGCAGUCAAAUACGUUGCCCAUGUAAACUGGCAUCAUGUUGAUAUAAGUUAUAAGAAAGGUUACUUAAACCUCACUGUUGAUUACCUACAUAACUCAUAUCAGCUGAUAAAAAAAAGUUUUAGAUUUGAGAAGAACUUAACAAUAGGAACUGGAAUAAAACUUAAUCAGGGCUUGGUUGGAUGUGUGCGACUUAUGGUGGUGAAUGGGGAAUCAAUUGAGCCACGCUAUGUUGUCCGCUCAAAACAUGCAGUGGGAGAUGUUUCUAUAGACAAUUGUCAAUUAGUUGAUCCAUGCAAGAGGCCAAAUGCUUGUGAACAUGGAGGACGAUGCUCUGUUAAAGAUGAUCACAUUCUGUGCGACUGCAGUGAUACAGGAUACAUUGGGAAAAACUGUCAUUUUGCACUUCACAGGAAAACAUGUGAAGAACUGGCUCUUCUUGGAUAUACAAAACCAAGUGUUUACUGGAUUGACAUAGAUGGAAAUGGAAGGUUUCCUCCUGCUCAUGUUAAAUGUGAAUUUCAAGCAACAGAAGAUGCAACAAAAACUAUUGUAGAGCAUAACUUACCCAGCCAGACAGAUGUGCGUAGUUUGGCAGAAAAAGAUUUCAAAUUGAAGAUCCAGUACCGGGAAUUUAGCCCUGAGAUGUUACAAGAACUGAUCUCCCAUUCCUUACGCUGUAGCCAGCAUAUAAAGUAUGAUUGCUAUAAGGCACCAUUGGAGCUACAUUCUGCUACAUGGUUCCAGUCAUCAGCAAACAAACAAAUUGUUGACUACAUUGGUGAUGUCAAGAAAGGAACGUGCCCAUGUGCUGUGAACAAAACUUGCAUUGAUCCAAAACAAUCCUGUAACUGUGAUGCAAAUGAAGCACGAUGGCAUACAGAUGAGGGUCUCUAUACAUCACCUAAUACAUUAGGAAUCACUGACAUGAUAUUCCUACAGCAAAAGGAGCUGGUUCAUGAUUCACAAGGUCGCAUAACUCUUGGACCUCUGGAAUGUGUUGAAACAAAUACUCAAAAAUAUGUAGUAACUUUUACAUCGAGUCAAUCGUACAUUGAAGUACCUGGAUGGAGGAAGGGUGAUAUUUCAUUUAGCUUCCGAACUACAGGAGAAAAGGCUAUACUACUGUACCAGCCACCAAUAAGACCAAAUCAUCCCUCCUUCAUGGUUGCACUGACAGAUGAUUUCACUUUGACAUUUAAUUUCACACUCAAUAAUGGAAGUUCCAAAGUAAUGGAAAUAAAAUCAGGCAGAAAACUAAAUGGAGGAGAGUGGCAGAAAAUUUGGAUUGACUAUAAUGAACAUCAUGUUCGAUUCAUGAUCAAUACAGAGACAAAAAUGGUGGAUCUUGCGCCAGAUGAAGAAUUUGGGCCGUUUGAAGGAAGCAUGUUUAUAGGAGGAGCACCGGAAGACCUUUUGAAAAUGAGCACUGUCAAGCAAGGCCUCAUAGGAUGCUUCCGAGGCUUAGUCGUCAAUGGUGAAGUUCUGGAUAUAUAUUCCUACAUGAGUGUCCAUUUGUCUGAAAUAAUAAAAGACUGUAAGCCAUCUUGUGUUCCAAAUCCAUGCAAAAAUGGUGCACGAUGUAAGGAGCUUUGGAGUACAUUUCAAUGCAUCUGUGAAAAUCCUUGGGCUCAUCGUGGUCCUCUGUGUGAAACUAAUAUAAAUGUAAAUGGUCUCACAUUUGUGACUAAGGAAUCUUAUUUUAAAAGAAAUUACCUGCAAACAACACCAGAUGAUGAUUACAAAAAGAUUUUUACAUCAGUACUUACAAAGAGUUUUCUCAUAAAUCUGAGGACGUACGACAAAAAUUCACUUGUGCUCUAUGCCAAUGACCAUUUAAAUAAUUUUGUCCACUUACACAUUGAGAAUGGCUCAUUUGUGGUAUUUAUGUUCAACUCAGACAAUGUAAUUCAAAAUAUAACUGUGGAAUAUCCUGGUCUAAAUAGUGGGAAGUCUGUACAGGUGGCAAUAAUCAGGACACCAGAACUUACUACUAUGCAUGUAAAUGAGAAAAACAAUUCCUUACAUACUAAGGUUAUGCUUUUGACAAAGUAUUCAAACAUUCCUUGGAUUAAUAGAGAAAAAGAAAUCUUGUCACCACAGCGACCUCCUGCUCCUCCUACUGAGUAUUUUCAAAUUAAUCUUGGUGGUUAUAAACCAAUAGAUCUGAAAUCAAAUCCAGCAGCCAUUUCUUUGUCUGGAUAUGUUGGUUGUAUACGUGGAUUCUCUGUUGAUAACAAGACUGUUGAUUUUAGUCUUGGAAAAGACCCUGUUGAAAAUGCUUACAACAACUUUGUUGAGAUGGCAGGUCCUGAAGCACUCAAGUACAUUGGCUUUAAGUCAUAUAAUGGCAUGUUUAAAUUUGGAAAUAAAGGCAUAAAAAUUGGAUGCAAAAUGAAAUGUGAUGAAGUUCCAUGUAAAAACCAAGGCAUCUGUAUAGAGGACUUCAGUAAAGGAGAGAGCACAUGUAAUUGUGAAUAUACCUCGUACUAUGGGGAAUCUUGUUCUGAUGAAAAAGGAUCUGAGUUUGAGGGUGAAUCAGCCAUAAAAAGAAAAUAUAUCUUAGAUGGUCCAGUGGAACAGGUCAAAGUUCAGCUAGCAUUUUCUAGCAGUUUCCCUCAUAAAACAAAUACUGUACUGCUGCUGCUACAGACAGAGCAUAAGCGAAAUUACAACUUGCUUGUUUCGUUGUCAAGUAAUGGACACCUAACAUUUAGGGAAGAUCAAGAAGGUUCAUCUCUCAUAGCCAAUGUUGCUGAUCGAAAUUUCUUGAACGGUGCCAGACAUUCUGUGUAUUUUCAGAGAAGAAAUGACAACACAACUAAGUUAUUGAUUGAUCAUGAGAAUAUCAAACUAGAGCCAACAGGAGUACUCAGUCUCUCUGAUCUCCCUACAGGUGAACAGGGUGCCAAUGAAGUUCAAGUUGGUGGAUUAAAUACAACAGAUCCUAGAUUUACGGCCUAUAAAAGUUUCAAUGGUUGCCUCUCAAAUGUUUUUGUGGAAGUGAAUUCAUACUCAAUGAAACCUCUGGAAGAAUACAUGUUAUUCACCAAGGCUGGAAGCAAAGAAAUUAAUGUGGUUAAUCCUCAGGGAAUACGAAUGGGGCAGUGUUCAGUUUUUGAUUGGAAAUAUAGGCCUAUAUCUGGACCAGCUCUCAACAACAGUCAGGAGCUGGAUGAUGUACCAUUUAAGGAAGGCCCACAAAAGGAAGAAUACAAGUCUUUGUAUACUGAAAGGUCGGCAGAAGAAGACAGUUCGUCAACUAUUGUCUUUUUAGUGAUGGCUGUACUCUUUGUUGUGAUUGUCCUUGGAGCCUUAUGCGAAGUGUAUCGUUCACAUCGCAAACAUAAAAGGAGGCAAGAAGCUGAGGUCGAGGCUGCAAUCAGAUGGCCAAAAUCUCAGAAAUUUCAAGAUCCUGGCCUGCCAUCUUCCCUUAAAAUGACAGGGUACAAGAGUAUUCCAGUACAAGACACAAAGCCAAAGCAACCUUUGGAAUCAAAACCUGUGUCAAGAAAUGAGUAUAAGCCCAUACCAGAUUCUGUCCCAGAUGAAAAAAAGCCAAGUAUGAAUGGUGAAAGCAAAACAAAAAUUGAUAACACGGAUAAAGAAUUAGCAUGGGAACCUCUAAAUGAAAAUACUGGUCUUCUGCAAGAUAAGUCUAUUGAAGAUUUGUCCCAGAAGAUCCCAAAUGAUGUAGGGCAUGAGAGCAGAAAUGCAGAUAAUCUAUCAGAAAGACCAGGGCAGGGUCAAAGAGCAGACGGGAACAUAAAUGGGGUCAGUAGUGUGUCUCAAGUGAGUUCUCCACCACCUUUUCCACCAAUUCCUGAGGAGAGAGUGGAAAACAGAGAUAUGAUAGCACCAGGUAGUACAUCUGAGGCUCUAAAACCACGACUCACACCUGGUGCAAAACUAUCACCCAUAUUUUUGAAUGAAGAGCGACGCACAUUUGAGAAUCCAAUCAGUUACCUUGGAGGCCCACGUCUUCAGUCUUCUGUUGCAUCAAGAGACAGCAAGGAGUCAGUGCUCUCACUUGACUGAGUGUUUCAUAGACGUGUGCUAAAAUUAUGAGAAAGACAAACAAACAAGAAACAGUGUAUUAUUUUUUAUUGCCUCUGUUAAGUACUGCUUUGACAGGAUAUAUUUAUUAAAAGAAAGUCUAGUGAGUGGCCAACGAAAGUGAUUUGUAUAUAUGAACUUAUGACCUCACUUACAUUGGAAAACUGUUUGGAAGUGAUAGGACAAGAGGAAUUUGUGUAUAUUCUUUCAUACUGAGCUUUUAAAGAGUAUUUUUGAAUGUGGUGUUUUAAUCUCCAUAUGCAAAAUAUGUGGAACAGCUGCAGACGCAUCUCAUAGAAAAUGGCAAGAAAACUGCAUUGGGGGAGGUAAUAAUGUUACAUAAUGGAAACAGAAGUUGGAAGCUGUAUGUGAAAAUCUAUUUGCCACUUUUCUUUUAAGUUGUCUGCCCAAAGGUGCCUUUUCAUUGACACUGUGUAAACAGGCUAAAUGUUUUGUUACUUACAAUCUUUGUCAUGUGUUAGCACAGUAUGUAUUUUACUUGCUGUAGCUUGUUGUUUGAAAUUGUGUUGCUAUAGUUCAGCUGUUAAUUCUGUAAUAUGAAUGUGAUUUGAUUGUAGAUAAUUCUGUUGUAGUGUGUUGUUCUGAGUCUCCUACAAAGUAAGGUAUAUUUUCAUAGUAAUAAAUACACAAGUGACUUACCUGUGCUAUUA